UUUGCCGCGCUAGCGGUGUCGGGUUUUACUCAAAGGUGGAGAGUGGGAUUCGGCGGGCGGCGCUAGGAGCAGGUGAAGAAGCAUCCUUGUUCGGCUGUUGCUGUUAUUCUUUCUCCGGUGUCUGAGUCUGGGAAGGACAAGCUUUCUUUGCUGCUAGAGCUUCAGUGAACUGUUGCCCAGAACCUAGGCACUUCAGACAUUUCAUCUCACCCCUUAUUCCGCGUUCACCGUGUAAACCACCUGCACAUUUGUAACCCUGUGAAUCUUCCUUCUGCUCAAUGCCCAGAGAAGGGGUCUAAAGCGAAUUUCAAGGGUUUGAAAGACAGGGUCUUUGCCGACUGCGGGGAGCUGUCUAAGGUGCUGAAGCUUUCCAGGCGUUCGUCUCCUGCAACACCACGCAGAGUUAGAUUGCACAUUUUUCGUUCCUGGUUUUCUCAUCCCCCAUGCCUUGGAUAAGAUUAAUUUCAGGAUCGUGAAAAUCUCUCCGUAUCAUGGCCCACGUGAGACACUUUCGGACAUUCGUUUCAGGAUUUUACUUCUGGGAAGCAGCACUGUUACUCAGCUUGGUUGCAACAAAGGAAACAGACAGUGCAAGAUCUCGAAGUGCUCCAAUGUCACCUUCUGACUUUCUGGAUAAAUUAAUGGGGAGGACAUCAGGGUAUGAUGCAAGAAUCAGACCCAAUUUUAAAGGCCCUCCUGUUAAUGUCACAUGCAACAUAUUCAUAAACAGCUUUGGCUCUAUCGCUGAGACGACAAUGGAUUACAGAGUCAAUAUCUUCCUUCGUCAGAAGUGGAACGAUCCUCGCCUUGCAUAUAGUGAAUACCCUGAUGAUUCUUUAGACCUAGACCCUUCCAUGUUGGACUCCAUUUGGAAACCUGAUUUGUUCUUUGCCAAUGAAAAAGGUGCCAACUUUCAUGAAGUUACUACAGACAAUAAAUUGUUAAGAAUUUUCAAGAAUGGAAAUGUUCUUUACUCAAUAAGAUUGACAUUAACACUUUCUUGUCCAAUGGAUCUCAAGAAUUUUCCAAUGGACGUGCAAACAUGUAUAAUGCAACUGGAAAGUUUUGGGUACACAAUGAAUGAUCUCAUUUUUGAAUGGCAAGAUGAGGCGCCUGUACAAGUGGCCGAAGGACUCACUUUGCCCCAGUUUCUGCUAAAAGAAGAGAAAGAUUUACGAUACUGCACUAAACAUUACAACACAGGCAAAUUUACAUGUAUAGAAGUGCGAUUUCAUCUUGAACGACAAAUGGGAUACUAUCUGAUCCAGAUGUACAUUCCCAGUCUCCUGAUCGUGAUUCUAUCCUGGGUUUCAUUCUGGAUCAAUAUGGAUGCUGCUCCAGCCAGGGUAGCCUUGGGAAUAACUACUGUUCUGACUAUGACCACACAGAGUUCAGGAUCUCGAGCGUCCUUACCAAAGGUUUCAUAUGUCAAAGCUAUUGACAUUUGGAUGGCAGUAUGCCUCCUUUUUGUGUUUUCAGCACUUCUGGAAUAUGCGGCUGUAAAUUUUGUAUCUAGACAACACAAAGAACUUCUGAGAUUUCGACGAAAGAGAAAGAAUAAGACAGAAGCUUUUGCAUUGGAGAAGUUUUACCGUUUCUCAGACACGGAUGAUGAGGUAAGGGAAAGUCGAUUCAGCUUCACAGCCUAUGGAAUGGGGCCAUGUCUGCAAGCAAAAGAUGGUGUGACCCCAAAGGGCCCAAACCAUCCUGUCCAGGUAAUGCCGAAAAGCCCUGAUGAAAUGAGGAAGGUCUUUAUCGACAGAGCCAAGAAGAUUGACACCAUCUCUCGAGCUUGUUUCCCAUUAGCCUUUUUGAUUUUUAACAUUUUCUACUGGGUUAUCUAUAAAAUUCUUAGGCAUGAGGAUAUUCAUCAGCAGCAAGAUUAAGCCUCCGGGGGCAUGCAAGUGUGAACGAUCAAUUCAAAGGAAAGUUUCUUUUCCAUGGGUGUGUGUAUGUGCGUGUGUGUGUGUGGUAUACAAAUAAGGACCAUCAAAUUAAAGUGGCAUAUGGGAAGGUAUUAUUAUGAUUUGCUCUGCAAAGUCACAGGCAUAUUAAGAGGCUUUUAAUGGAUACAAAAAUAUAUACUAUGAGGAUUCUAUUUCAUAUUACUUUAAGAUUAUCUGUCCUUUCACAGUAUAUCAUGUAAGUGGACAUAUUAUUGCCAAUGUGUUUGUGUUGUUAUAUAAUGUCACAUAAUAGUACACGUGAAAACUUCUUUGGAAUUUCUUGCUUUUCAGCUCAAUGACAUUAAAUCUUACAAAAGUAAAUUUUGCACAAUUAACUUUAUAAAUGGAAAAAGGGAAAAUGUUGAAGACUUUAACCAUCAGUAGCUUGAGGCUUUAAAACAUGUUCUUAUGCUAUAGUUACAAAACAGAAAAUAAUCAGUUAAUUCUGUAGAAAACUCACGCCCUCAGAGGAUUGCACAUACAGAUACUACCGGCCCAACUUAUGUAAUACCAAAAAAAUUCAAAUCAUAAAUUUAAAAUUAAAAAGUUUUGUUAUUUAUAUACUAAAUCUAAUUGUUUCAAAUACAAUAUUUCCCUCUUUGGAAAUCUCAAACAAAUGGCUUAACAGAUCAUAUUAUAUACAAAAUCUGCUUUUCGUAGCUAUAUCUCUAUGAAUGAAGAUGGAAAUACUGAAAAUAACAUUAUCAUUUUUAAAUAAGUGUUAUAGGUGUGUAUUUGGAAUUAUUACCAAACACUGAAAACCGCAAGCCAGCACCCUUGUUUUGUUAGUUUUUUAAUAGCUGCUUAAUUGUCUGUAUGUAAUUAUGUUUAAUGUUUUGAUAUAAUUGAACAAAGUUCAUUAAGAUUUUUAUAUUUUAGCUUAGAAUGAGACUUUAAAGUUCAAUGGGCUUAUAGUAUUUACAUUUUGAUAAAAAUGAAUUUAGUUAAAACAAAAAUGGAUUUAUGAAAGAUUUUUUAAAUAAGAACAGUUUUCCGAUCAAAGUUAUAUAGGUUCAAACUCUUAGCUCCAAAUGUAAGGAGGGAAGAUUUUAAUUCUAAAUUAUAUAAAUAAGUCAUUUCUAUAAAGUGAGGAUUGGUUGUUUUUAUAUUUCUGAACUAAUGAUUUCAAUAUAUAUGCCAUUCACUAGAUGUGAAUAAUUUUAAAUACAAUUUUUACUUAAAAUUUAUCAGCAACCCAUGGAAUUAUUUCAGUUACAAUGGGGCAUUAACUGAUUUCAUGCAGUGUAAUUAAGUACAAAUAUAUGAUAGAGUUCUUGGUUAAAUUGAACCAGGUUCUGAUUCUUUUUAAUUUUUGCAAUUUUUCUGCAUUAUUUUUAUCAUUAUUGUUGUAUUUUUAAAAAGCUCCAGAAUGCUCUUUAGAUAUGUUUAAUUUUUGGUCAGAUUUGCUGAAUAGAAACUCAGUGUGCCAAAAGGUUGACAGAGAAAAGUUUAAACAUUAAGAAACAAUUAACUCAGCUUUAAGAGGAAAAAAUAAGCCAGUCUUUGAAUCCAAUGGUAUUAUUUUCUGAAUUUUAGUCAAUCUCAAACUAAAAGCAAGAACUGCCAUUUAAAGCUAAAAAGUUCUCAAAGUUAUUGAACUUUGCUGUAUCCAGUUGUAGUGUUUAAAAAUAACUUGUGAAAAAAUAACGUAUGCUCAGUGAUUUUUGCUAAGUGAAGGACCAAACUGCCCUCCUUUAUAAGUAAUUUAAAACAUUAUUGGAAAAAACAGACAAACACGCAAAAACCAUAUUUGGCAUUAAAGACAAAUGUCACAACUGAAAGAAAUUGUUACUCUUAUUCUGCAGACUGUGCACCCGAAAGUUGAACAGUCUUUAUUUGGUGUAUAUGAACCAAAAUCAUGGAAAUAUAUUCUUGUACUAAAGAUAGAUUAGAACACAACGUUGUUUGUGUUCCCUGAGGAAAAGCUGUGUGGUUCGAAGUUAUGAUAAACCACAUUGUCUCAAUAUGUCUCUGAAAUACUUGAAUACAUUUUUCUGUACUUUACACAUCCUAUUUCAAAAGCUCUCCAUCAUUGCUUAAAUUCAGUGAAUUCUGCCAGACGCAAAAAGAAAUGUAAUGCACCUAUUCCCCCCCCCCGGCCCCAGAAUUCACAGACAUCACUAUUUUCAUAUUUGAGAAUAUUAAAACAUGUCUCUUUUAUACCUGAAACUUGGAAUGUAAAAAUACUAGCCACAGGACAAUUUUUCAGCAGGGGCACUGGUAUGGUAGAAAUCUCUGUAUUUGCUUGGGAAUACGUAUUUAUCGUUGCCUUACUAUACUAAGAAAGUACAGUCAUGACUCAUAUGGCAACAAUGACAAUAUUUGGAGGGCUCAGUUCAAAAGGUUUAAAGGAAUAUGUCCGCUCUAACGAACACUUAUAGAUUGUUUUAAACCGGAAACCACACUGCAAUUAGCAUCUCAAGGUAGUAGUUGCCGCAAUAAACCCUGUGUCAAACCUGAAUAUUUCAAAUAAAACCAACCAGAAAACUAUUAAUAGUGAGGAAAUUAAAACGUGUCCAUAUACACUAAUGACCCACAUACAAGUUGGAGUUAUAAUAUGGAUAUUUCAAGUGUUUGGAAAUGGCCACAUUAAAAAGUUUGUAACUUUUGUACAUGCAGUUUAUUGCAAUUUUUCUUAUUAUUAUGUAUUUCAACCAUGGAAAUUUAUGGUUCCAUACUAUAAGAAUUUUUAGGAAACCUUGUACCUUACUCAGCAUAUAUAUAUGUUGUACUUCUUUAUUUCCCAAACAGUAGAAUUGAAGUUCAACUCUAGGGAGGAUCUGGAGCUUUCUUUACCACUCAAAAUAGAUUCCAGAAAAACAGUGUAGAAGCAAGAAAGCCAACGAUCUUUAAAAUUUCUCUAACCUUUCUCUAAUCUUUCCACAUGUUUCUCCUUGGUAGUUAAUCACCUGCAGAGCCUAUCCAACUCCUGGUUGUUAUGACAACUGGGACGCCUGGGUGGCUCAGUUGGCUGAGCUUCUGACCCUUGAUUUCUGCCCAGGUCAUGAUCUGGCAAUUCGUGGGAUCAAAGCACUGCCUCA